CAAUCAUGUUUACCUUUAUUUCAAUUGCGAAGAGAUUUUUUCUUCUAAUUUUUGCUAAUUAAAUCUACAAAUUCCAUUUCUUUUUUUUCCAUUAGUGUAUUUGGUUAAUUCUUUACUCUUGUUUAUUUUAUUUCACUUCUAAUUCAGUUGUUUAAUCAUUUUUUUUCUCUCUCAUCGAUCUCAUUUGUUUUGUUUUUUCUCGUCCAACCGGAUGUUUGAUUCCAAUUGUUUGGGAAACAAUUAAAGGAAAAGGAUAAUUGAUAAAAUGGAUACAUUUUGGUUACUUGCUUCCGGUGGAUCAACUGUGGAAGAAUUUGCCAAAGAUGUUUACCUGAAAAGUAAUCUUAAGAAUAGAAUUGGUUUUUAUAUCAGACAAUUACUUCAGGAUGUUUAUGGACAAGAUGAUCUCUCUGGUGGUGCUGGUGGUGAUUCUGGUAUAUCAACAACCACCGGAAUCUCUGAUAGUAAGAUAAUCACCGAAGUUAGUAGUCCAGCGGUUAAUUCACUUGUUAAUUGUCUCGAAGCAACAUUUCUUCAUGGUCUUAAAGGAAAACCUUUGCUAAACCGUAUGAUGGGUAAAUCUUUAUCCAAAGAUACCAAUAAUCAAACAGAAUAUAAAUUAGAUUUCUGGUCAGUUAUUUUAAUUCUAAGUCAUAAUCAAGUCUCAGAGAGUUUGGGACAAUUGAACAACAUUCGUACAGAUAUUGGCCGAUGUCGAGCAUGGUUAAGAUUAACUCUUAAUGAUGGUCUUCUUCAGAGUUACCUUGAAGCCUUAAUUAAUGACACUUCCUUGUUACAUGGUUUUUAUCGUCCAUCAGCUUAUUUAAGAGACAAGGAACAUAUGGAUUGUCUUCGUGACCUUAUGGGACCUCUUAAAUUAGCGACCUUUCAACUUAAUUAUGAUCAUUCACUGUUAAACAAUUGGACCUGUGAUACACUCAAGUUAAUUGGUAUAACUGUACAAGAUACUGAGCCCGUUGUUGCCGCUGUCGAUGCACUAGCGACAAUAGGAGAUAAGAAAGUUGGACCUACGAUUGUGAAACGUAAAGAAUUGAUACGAAAAAGGGUUUUAAAUCGUUGGGACAAUGGAUUGUCCGAAGUAGCUGGUAAAUCAUCUGAAAGGUCAAAAGAAUCAACUCAAAAUGAUGAUACAAAAUCUGAAUCUAAUUCUAGACCAAACUCAACAGAACCUUCAACUAAUAUCUCAGUCCUAAUUACUCAAACAGAUGAAGAUGGAUCAUCAAGUCAAACAACUCAAGUCAAAGUUAAUCAGUCCAAUGUUAAAGAAGACGAUAUUACUCAAUCAACUACUAAAAAGAUUUCUAACUCUCCUGGAUCACAUUCUAGUUUAAUUGAAUCUACCUCUAAACUUGAAGGAUUAACCUUGAAAGAGAAACACAAAGACAAUACAAAUGAAGGUUCCAAUGUUAAAUCAAUGCCUCCUGAAGCAAGUAAAAGUGUAAAAAUCAAGAAAAGUAAUUUAUCCAACUCAUCUAAUGCUGGAGAAGCAAGUUCAUCACGUUUAUCAACAAAUUCUGAUUCAACGUCUCUCGGUGGUAAUAGUAUAACCAACAAGGGUGGUUGGUCUACAUCCCCACCGGGUGAUCAUGAAGAAGAGCCAUAUGAGAGUCUUUUAUACAGCAUAUCAACAAAUGCUAUGCUCUCGUCUACUCCCGAUAUCAAAGAGUUUAUCUUUGCUCCUCCAUCAGAUGCUGAUAAUCGCAGUGUUAUGAGCAAUGAAUCAGAAAGAUCUCCCACUCCAUCCAUAAGUGGUAGGCGUAGUAGCGGUGGUUCAAGGGGAUUAAGUUUAUUCAGGAGGAAGAAAAGUGUAUCCUCAAAAUCUGAGUCUGGAAGAGCGAGUAAUCCGAUUGGUGGGAGUGGAACUCAUGGUACAUUAGCUUCACCCAUAACCUCAUUGGGCGGAAAUGAUUUUGAGAUAAUCCCGAAAACUAUGGUUUUAAAUAGUCAGGAACCUGAGACUCAAGAAUUCCUAUUACAUUUAACCAGAAUUGCUAAUCAUGUUGGUCUUGAUGAACAAGAUUAUAAAUGUUACUCAUGUGGUAGACCUAUUGGAAUGAUUUAUGGUAAAUUUCGUGUCUGUGAAUUUGAUGGUUUCAAUUAUUGUACCGAAUGUCAUGCCGAUGAAAAAUGGACUAUUCCAGCGCGAAUUGUAAACAAUUGGGAUUUUAAGAAAUAUCCGGUUGCCAAUCGAAACAAAAAACGUUUACAACUCAUUGAAAGUGAACCUUUAAUCGAUAUUAAAGUUUCCGCUUCGAUUCUUUAUAAAAUGAUCAAAGAAUUACAAGAAAUUCUUGAUUUAAGAACUCAACUAUUCUAUCUUCAUGCUUAUCUAUUUACCUGUAAAGAGCAAGUUGCCACCGGAUUGAGGAGGAUUCUAUGGCCUAGAGAUCAUCUUUAUGAACAUAUUCACCUUUACUCGAUGGCUGAUUUACUCCAGAUUCAAUCGGGAACAUCUCUCAAUAAUUUAUUACGAAAAACCAUUCAAUUUGCUCGGAAACACGUUCUCUCUUGUGUCCUGUGUAGUCAGAAAGGUUUCAUUUGUGAAAUUUGUAAAUCACCGCAAAUUAUUUAUCCCUUUGAUACCAGUGUAACUUAUCGAUGUGAUAAUUGUAAGGCCGUUUUCCAUAUCUCAUGUUUCAUCACCGAAUCGGGAAAAAGACCUUGUCCUCGGUGCUUACGGAUACGACGUCGUGAACGAGCUGCUGUAACUGUUUAAAUCUCUAUAAAUCUCUUAAAUUAUUACAAAUUA